UUCCAAUAUCUGAUCUCGCUGGCUGUGGUACCGUGUCAUAACAGUCCGAAUGAACCUCAGAUGCACGAAGACACAGAGGAAAGCCAAGGCUGAACGGGGGGACCAACGGAAUUAUUUUCUGUGAUUUCUUGGGGGGAUAUAAAAAAAAUUACACAAACAAAAGUGAAAAUGUUGGCUGGGUCUUCGAAUGGGACUACUACUAAUGGCGCGAGAAGACCGCGAAGUCUGUACGACGAAGCAGACGACGAGAAAUUGAGUUUGAAAAUUGACAGUCUUUCGUCACAGAAGAGUACCCCCGGGUUUGUGUACGUGUUGACCUUUUUCUCGGCCCUCGGGGGAUUCCUGUUCGGAUAUGACACGGGGGUGAUUUCUGGAGCGAUGAUUCUCCUCCGAAACGAGUUCCAACUCUCGCUCGUCUGGCAAGAGUACAUUGUCAGCGUCACGGUGGCCGCUGCUGCCCUUUUUGCACCGAUCGGGGGCUUCCUGAAUGACCGUUUGGGGAGGAGGCCCGUGAUCAUGGGGGCCAGUGUCGUGUUUACCGUGGGGGCCCUCUGUAUGGGGAUAGCCGGGGACAAGUACCUGCUCCUGGCUGGACGAAUCAUCGUCGGAGCCGGCAUAGGUUUGACCUCUACCACGAUACCAAUGUACCUUGCUGAGUGUUCUCCCGCCAAUGAGCGUGGGCGCCUGGUCUCCACAAACAUCGCCAUGGUGGCGUGUGGCCAGUUCGUGGCCAGCGUGGUGGACGGUAUAUUUGGCUGGUGCCAGUAUGACGUCGGAUGGAGGUACAUGCUCGGCUUGGCGGGCAUCCCUUCCUUCGUUCAGUUCCUGGGAUUUGUGUUCAUGCCAGAGAGCCCGCGGUGGCUGAUUAUCAAUGAGAGGGAGGAAUACGCUCGGCGCGUGCUCCAGACCAUGAGGGGGCACUUCGACAUUGACGAAGAAUUCGAUAGCAUCAAAAAUAGCUACCUUGAAGCACGAGAUGGUGAAUCGAGGACACCCGUUUUGAUAAAGAUGCUUCAGACUCCGUCGGUCAGAAGAGCCUUAUUUGUUGGAUGUGGACUGCAACUGUUUCAGCAGCUCUCGGGAAUAAAUACUGUGAUGUACUACAGCGCCACCAUAAUCCGGAUGUCCGGUGUCCGGGGGGACGAGACCACUAUCUGGCUGUCGGCAUUCACCGCGGCGGUCAAUUUUGUCUUCACUGUCCUGGGACUAUUUCUCGUGGAGAAAAUCGGCCGCAGAGCUCUGACGCUCGGAAGCCUCAUAGGAGCGAUUGUAAGUUUGGCCUGGUUGGCCAUAGGGUUCCAGCUUUCGGCGAUGAACACUGCUCCAAUCACCCUUACAGAGUCGAGUGCAGCAGGGUCGAUAUGUCAAUCAUAUGUAGACUGCAACUCGUGUAUGCGGGAUCUGACCUGUGGCUACUGUUACCUGGACACGGACCACGGUCCACAGAACGGGACCUGUCUGAGGGCCAACUACGACGAGCCGUUCAAGGCGGUGUCUGGCCGCUGUAACGACACCCACCUCCCGGGGGAUCUCACGUGGGCCUACGACUUCUGCCCCACCCAGUUCUACUGGAUGCCUAUGAUAGGCCUUGUUGCUUACCUCAUGUUUUUUGCUCCAGGGAUGGGACCAAUGCCCUGGACUAUCAAUUCAGAAAUCUACCCCUCCUGGGCCAGGAGUACGGGCAACGCAGCCUCAACAUUUACUAACUGGACCGUAAAUCUCGCCAUGUCUAUGUCGUUUUUAAGUUUAACACAGUCCCUAACUAGAUUUGGUACAUUCUGGUUGUACAGUGGCUUGGCAUUGAUUGGCCUUAUCGUAUUGGCGCUAUUUUUACCCGAAACCAAAGGCAAGACGCUGGAGGAGGUGGAAGGACUGUUUGCCAGGCCCUGGUGUGGCACAGGGCCCAAAAUAGACUACAAUGUGGAAAACAUUCAGUACGUUCAUAUACGUGGCCUGAACAGGGACGGCCGCGAGUCCGAGAUUGAUUCCCCGGAUUGAGCACAAUCGGCCGAUAUUUACGUCGCAUUAACCAAUGAGGAAUAAAAUCUGAUAUCUUUAUUGAUGUGAUCAGAAGGGCUACUUGCAAUCGACAGUAAACAAUCAAACAGAACUCCAAGACCGCGUUGAUUGUAUUCUGUAGACUUGAUGGCUACCGUCCUUCAUGAGAUGACGUUCGUUAUUUAGGAAAUUAAAUUUACACAAAUAUCUAUUUUUUUUAGCAUGACUCGAAGUCUUGGACAUAAUAGAUUAUUUUAAAAAUGUUCAAUUGUAGAAAUAAGACAUGUGAGGGAA